UAUCUGAUACUGGUAUCUUGACUAUUCAUUUUUGGGCACCUACAUUUAAAUGGUCCAUAUCGUUAGCCAACAUUGCAGAUAUUAAUAGAGAUCCAAGUUAUUUAUCUUUACCACAACAAAUUGCUAUCUGUUUAACUGGAUUACUGUUUACACGAUUUGCUUAUAUGAUUAAACCUAGGAACCUUAAUUUGUUAACAAUUAACUUCUUUAUGAGUAUGACAUCUUUUUAUCAAAUAUCUAGGAUAGGACAAUAUAAAUAUAAUGUAUAUAUGAAAGAAAAAGAAAGGUAA